AUGACUUUGGAGGAUGAAGAUAAUGCAUCUGAAGAGAAACUUUCUUAUGAAGAAAUUUGGGACGAUUCUAUGUUAAUCGCAGCAUGGGAUGCAGCGGUUCAUGAAUAUAAGACAUAUCAUUCUAAUGUAAAUCAAGAUGAUAAUAAAAAUUUAGAAGAAGAAAAGUCUUUAUAUGUUUUAGAAUCAGAUUUUCAAAAUAAUUUUAAUAGUGAAUCUCCCAAAGAAAAUAUAAAUGAAAUUGAUUCAGAUGAGAUAUUUAGGAUUGCUCAAAAUAAUGAUUCAGAAAGAGAUUCAGAAAAAACAAAAGAUACAUUUAUAAAUUCGACUUCCAUUACACCUCCUCUUCAAAUUUUUAAUAAUGAUCAUGUUUUAAAAAAUCUUUUAAUGAGCUGGUAUUACGCUGGUUGUAAGUAUUUUGGUUAA